CAUUUGCGCCAAGGAUACAUUUGUAAACUGAGGAUUUUGACUGAGUAACUUUUACUUUAUACGUCGUCACAGUGAUAUGUAUACCGGAGAGAGAACUAUAUGUGAUUGCAUCAUGAUAUACGAACAAAAAUACAAGUGAUAAGAUACUAUUGGUGGAGUGGUAAGAGAGAAACCAGGAGAUAAAUGAGCGACUCUGACUGGUCUUUGAGCUGAACGUUGAAGUACAAGGAGGAAAGACAUAAUACAUUAUUGCCAUGCAUUAAUUCCCUGUCCGACCAUUAGUGACGUUGAGAAGGCAAGACCAUGACUUCCUUGGAAUACGACGUGGAUUCCAUGGGUGGCCUUAUGCCGCAAAUCCUAGCCCUGACAGCACCACCAGGAAGUCGUGAUCCAAACAGACAGCAGAAUAGUGGCUCUGCAGGUCCAGGCAGAGAAGGCCUUGCAGCACACCCAUACUUUCGACGGCCAGGUCGUGGUCAUAACCAUGAUUCUUGUGAUGCUUGUGGUGAAGGUGGAGAUUUGAUUUGUUGUGAUGUGUGUCCAGCAUCUUUUCAUCUUACCUGCCAUGAUCCCCCCUUAGAAGAGGAGGAAAUCCCAAUAGGACAGUGGGCGUGUCAUCAGUGUAGAGUGUCUGGGCCGGAUGAUGACAGAACAUCAGUGUCAAGUGGCAAGUCAAACAAAAGCUCCAAAGGUGUUAAAAGGAAAGACAAGGAAGAUGAUAAGCCAUCUUCAUCCACUUCAGCCUCAGGGAAGUCAGAGGCAAGCGAGAAGAAUGAGAAGAGGGUGUGCGCAGGAGGAAGGGAGUUUGAGAUUUCUGACUCCCCCCUGUUUACGCUUAUCAAAGCUGCGGCUACUGUGAACCCCAAACAGUUCACCUUGCCCUAUGAGAUGACUUUACCUGUGUGCUUCCCAGGUGAACCUAAAAAUUCAGGAAAGAAUAAUGGAAACCGAAGAGGAGCACAGAAAAAAAAGUCUCAUGAGCUUGACAAUGGCCUUGUCCCUUUGCCUGCUAAGCUCUGUUUUCAGUGCAACAAGAGCUGUCGAAUAGGUCCACUAGUUCCAUGUGACUACUGUCCACUCUUCUUCCAUCUGGACUGUGUAGACCCUCCACUCACAACCCCACCAACAGGAAAAUGGAUGUGUCCAAAUCACCCAGAGCAUUUCAUGGACUCAACACUUUUGACAUCUCAUAGUCUGAGUGAAAGAGUAAAACUCUGGGAUAAGUUUAGUGCCCCGCUUGACCAAGACACUGUUCGACUGGGCUUCCUGCAACGUUGUCACAGACAGAACCCUCCCUUCCGGUACAAAGUAAAGCGUGCCCUCAGGUCUAGAAUACGAGUGCCACAAGCAGUGAGAGACCAGUAUAGGGAACCCCCCGAUCUCCUUCCUCACUAUGGUCCUCCACAACACCUCCUUCCUCCUCUUGUUGACCAUGAUCUAGGCUCUUCCACUGCUGCUAUGCCAUCCCUAACCACCACUACAGCUACAUCCACUACCUCUGCCUCCACUCUGGCCAUGGAGACCUGGCGGGAUGUAGAGAUAAAAGAAGAGCCUGUAGAAGGCUCUGAUAUUAGCCAAGAAUCAAAGGAGACUGUAGAAGCUGAAAUCAAAGAAGAAGAUAAGCGAAAUGGGGAAGAUGAGAGAAAAAGACCCACAAAAGAAGAGAUGGAUGAGGUCAGUAGGAAAUAUGCUGUUGAGGAUUUUGUGCAUUGCACAAGAGGAAUACCUUCCCCAAGCAGUGUUGGCUGGGAAGGUGGAGCCGUGUUGCAUCAUGGUUCACACCUCAGAUUUGGAUGCCUCCAGUUUGUGUUCAGUAUUGUUGAAGAGGCGAGUAAAGCUGACUGGGUUGAAACUACACUUAGUAUAUAUGACAAGUUUUUUAAACAAGAAGAGGAGGAAGAAGAAGAGGAAGUUAAAGAAGAGGAAGAAGAAGAAGGAGAUGAGGAAAAAAAGACCAAGAAGGAGGAAAAGAACUCAAAAUCGUGAGAUUUUAAGGAAUUGUAAAAUAGGGCUGUUAAUUAUGUUUCUUGAAUUUAUAGUUACAGUCAUUUGUUUGUCACCUGGAAUGUUUAUGAAGUAAGUGUGAUGAAUAUACAAUACUAGAAAUAAUAUAAUUUUAUCUAGGAGUAUUUACAAGAAUAGAGGUGAAAUAUUUAUUAGAAAAUUUGAUUCUAUAUAAAGUCCUCUGUGGGCUUCUUAGUGGCCUGAUGUAGAACAUCUUUAAGGUGAUGGUGAGUGGUCUUUCACCACAGCACAUGUGUUACAGAUGAAUGUAAUAUGUGGGAAAUACACUGAAAUCUGUUCUUGACUGUGUAAAGAAGUCGUAAAACAAGUGGCAUUAAAUUAACAAGGUUUGAAGCAGAAUCUCCUACUCAAUUGUGUUCAAGAAGGUAAAGAUUGGUUGAAGAAGAUUGUUUCUCUAUUACUUAAAGCUUAGUAUUAACUCACAUCCUCCCAAAUGGAACCCAGCAAUGAGUGGCAGCUAUUUUGUGGCAUGGUCAGUACUGUAGGGUUUUGCCACAUUAUCCAGAUUAUUGUGAUCUGAUUGUGUGGGGGGGGAUCUAUGCACAAUUACUGAUUAGUAAUAUAGAUGCAAUGUGUCGUUUUCAACUUGUGACUUUGUUGAUUAAGCUAAAGUUGGUAUUCUGGAGGUAUAAUGCAGGUUCUUACUGAUCAUCAUGGGACUUUUUUUUUUAAUCUGAUGGUUAGUUUAUCGGGAUUUUGCAAAAACCAUCUUUGUAAUUUUACCCAUGUUCAUAUAAUAUUAUGUUGGUACAUGGUUGUAGCUUAUCUUUUGUGUACCAAAAAGCCACAGUCUUGUUAUCUAAAGCUCUCAACACUGAACAAUCUAUAUGUAUUUUUAGUGCUUAAUAUAUUAUGUAACUGGUAAUGUAUAUAUUAAUGAAACUUUACUUCAUGUCCUAAUACAUUUACAAGGAUUGUACAUACUGUACAAAUUUAAUGAUGUUAUUUUAUACUCCUACAAUACACGUUAUGUCAGUGUCCCACCUCCUUCCCAAGACUGAAGUGUUGCCAGAUCAUCCCCUACAUACCUUGACUUUAACUGUUUAUCAAUUCCUGUAAGAAAAUUUACAUAUAUAUUUUUUUACAGUUUUCUUUAGCUUCAGUGACAUAUAAUUGUCUUUUGGGGAAACCAGAAUCAUUUUUAAAGAUUAUAUUGAUUAUUGGAAUUUAACAUUUAUGGAAGAUGUGGAAUUAUUUUGCACAUUAUUUAUUAGCAUAUUAUGAACAUUAUUCCACUUCUGUUGUGUGGUUACAUGGUAUGUUGGUGAAGGUCUUGGUACAGUGUACCUGAUAUUUGCAUGUCAUGGUCUUUAAUAAGAUGAAAACUUCAUACGGUCUAACGUUUGUUUCAUUUUCAAAAAUGGAAAUUAUACUAACAUUGUGUCAUUCACUGCAUGCAUCAAGAUACAGCCUCUGAAAACAGUGGUUACCAGGGGAUGGUUCAGUGUAGCUUAUGGAACACCAGUUGCCAUGUUGAAACUGCCAAGUUAGACUACCUAAAAUAACUAUGCAUUUAUCUCAAGUUCUGAAUGGAUCUGGUAAAAAAAGCCCAUUUGAUACAUGGUAAAUAUACUAAAAUUUUUGUUUGUUUUCUUUAUUCUAUGCAGUAUAUUUCUAUUCUGUACAAAGAGCUUCCUUGGCUUCCUCUUUCCAUAGAACAGUUAUCAUGUACAUAAGUGUUUCUAAAUAUAGGAACUUACAAAAAAUGAUUUGACAUCCAUUUAGUAAACUCUUAAGUUAGCAGCACAUUCAUUUGAAUUACAGUAAAAGCCUCUAAGUGUCAAGUAUCUAAAUUUUGAAACAAACUGUUGUUUACUUUUCACACUAUGAAAUCACUAUUUCUAUGUGAGAACAGGAGACAGAGAAACACUACUAUUUCAUUCUCAUCUCAGCCAGUGCAUCAUUAUUUUGUUUUAUCAAACCUUUUCCACAAUUACACAUGCCAAACCUGCACCACAUUGGACUGUUUCUUAUGCAUUUUGAUUUUGUUGUGAAUUGUAUAUGAAUUAGAUAUUUGUACCAAUUCUUUGGAUGGAUUUAUAGGCAAACUCUUUUCUAUUUUUUUCCUGGAUGUUACUGUAACUUUUUUUUACUGUAUUCGCUAUAGCUUUUGUAUAUUUUUGUCUUCUGUGACUAUUUUCUCUCUACUUCAAAGACCACAAAUAUAUAUUUGUAAAGAAUUUGUUUAGAUUUUGUUUUUAUGUAUGGUUAUAAUACAUAGUCUUGUGCAACAUCAUUAAGUGAAAGUUUCAUGUCAUGCAUUGUAAAGUUGACAGAAACUGAAAGUUCAUAGUUAAACAAAUUUAAAGUGUAAUUUAUAGCUGAAAGAAUAUUUAUUUUAGCUUAAUUUUUUACUUAACAGUAUGUAUAUCAUGUCAAAUAUUGAGCAUUAUUUGUAAAUCUUACGGGAAGGAUUGGUGUCCACAUUAAAUUUAACUACAAAAUAAGAACUUCAGAAAAGGUUCAUAUAAAUGUCCAGUAUAGAAAACUUUAGUUGGUGAUUGCUUGAUGUACAUAAGAGUUAUAAUGAAGUAUUCAUCAGCUAAAUGUUAUCACUUUAGCAUUAAUUGUUGCCAAGAUUAUUUUUGUGGCUCACUUGUUACAUUGAAUGUGUAAACCCAUGACAUCUUGCAAGUAUGUAGUGUAUUUCUCCUUAAUACUUAUUCUAAACUCUGGGUAAAGAAAACUGUGAAAAAACAUAUCUCAACAAUAUGUGAGGUUGGCCAACAUUAUUAAAUAUUUUUGUAAAUCCCCACAGCUUUAAUACUAGUGGGUACUGUACCUUAUUAAUAAAUUAGUAUUUUAAUAAGCUGAUUUCAUGCAAAUUUAGUGUGAUAUUAAAAACACAUGAAAGUGGUGCAUGACAAAAUUAUUAGAGGUCUCAGCUUUUGGAUGUUUCAUUAGUCAAAGAAAAAUUUGUAUUUACACAGAGUGUUUGAUUAUGAAAAAAUGUCAAUCUGCUAAUGAACUGAGGAUUAAUGAAAGAUCUGUAUAAACAAUAUUUACAUUAGGAGUGCAAUGUGACAAGUUGUAUCUAAAUUGUAAGAAGAAAUUAUAAUAUAACUAAAUAAUUAAUGAUCUACAGAUAAAACCUCCAUUCUUGUGAACCUGUAACAAUAAAUGUUUGUAUUGUAUUCAGAUAUUCACAGACAGAGUAUCUCUAUAUUUGUGAAGAUAAAAAGCUACAUCUAUUCUGAUUCUGUGUGAUUUCAAGAAAUUGAAACUCACAGGAGCCCCACAAAUACUCUAUAGGAUAAUGUUAUCCUCCUAUUUUCUUCCACUUCUUUUUAUUUUCUUUCCUUCCCUUUCACCUUUUUUUAAUGUAUCACACCAUAAGUACAAACCGGAGACCAACUACGUCAUACAAUGAAAACAUGUUUGUAUAUUUUUAUCUAACCAGUAGGUGUUCUGAAGUUUAUAUAAACACAUACUACAUGUAGUUGGUCUUUCCCUAUUAUAUAUUAUCUUUGCUGAUAAAGGAAAGAUGUAAAUGGUGUGUAUAUAAAUGUCUUGUAGAUUAUUUGAAAAUACAAGUAUUCAGUGAACUACAAUAUCUUUUAUCACACAUCAUGUCUUUUUUUAUGGAAAAAGAAGCAAAUUGUAGAUCUUUUGUAAAAUGGCAGUGUAGUCUACUCAAAUAAGUGAAAACAAUAAAAAAUGGAGUACCCAGUUACCCAGAAGUACUACAGAAUGUAUUGAGAAAAUGCAGUGUCAAAGGUAGAUGAACCUUCCAUGCACUUUGUCACCAAUACUUUGGAAAUUUAUAUGGGUGAGAUUUUUAAUGGAAAAAAUCAUCUACCUUAUGAUGAAAUACUAUUCCUCUUGCACUGACAGCCUCCAUAUGAGCUAUUCAGUGUAUAUAUAUCUUCAUUAUUUUAAUUUCAAAACAUGAAGUUACUAUGCUAAUUAACAUAUUUAUUAGAAAAAUAAAUGUUCUUAUUCUCUUUUUUUAUUUAACUAUGAUAGGAACAGUGCUUCUUAACCCAAGUUCCUCCCAAUGGUUUGACAAUAACUAAGAAAACUUGGAAGAUCCCACACACUCAAUACAUACCAUUUUACGUAUAUGAAAACUUUCCUAACAAGAUGCACCUCUGCCAUAUGAAGUACUCUGAUAUUUAGAAAAAAAAUUGAAAUGUUAUGACAUACUUGUGAGAUAGUCUAAUUUAACCCUAGGGAAAAAAUAGAAUUAUCUCAAGAACCCCAAAACUAUGGCAGUGUUACACUAGCAUUCUUCUCUACCAUUUUGACCCAACUUAGACUAGUAAUUUUUUAUAAGUUAAUGUUGCUAUAGAAUGUAGACAAAUGUUAGGAUUUAGCACAAUACACUAUGUGAUUAUUUAA